AUGUCCGCCAUCUCCCACGUUGUCUUCUACCUCACCCGCCCGCUUUCUGGCGCUGGUAUUCCUGCCACGUCAGUGGCGACUGCCCAGGCCAUCCUCCACGCUGCACUCUCGUCUCAGCCCUCCGCGUCGGGAAUCCUUUCCCUCGCACCCCUCGCUGCACCGCCCAUCCCGCUUCUUGCCGCCGCUAUUGGCGCGGCCAUCCAGUGGCCCGUGUGGUACCACGCGCUCGCUGGCGCUGCUGACGAGCUGACCGUUAUCUACGGCGCAGGCUUUGUCAAGGCACGCAUUGGUGCUGGCCCACUGCUCGAUGUGCGGAGCGAGGAGACCCAAGGCAGUGUUGUGCGCAUUUCGCGCCAGCCCCAGGCGCCCGCGCUGUCCAUGGCCUUUCGCCGCCGGCCCAUCGUCAUUCCCACUCUCUUCGCCACCCCAUACGACGACAACGACUUGAGCUCCUCUGAUGAUGAUUCUGACGCGGAGUCAGACGCAUCCUCUUCACCCACCGUCUACUCCCUCUCCCCCGAUUCGCCCAAGGGAAAGCCCUUCGCGUUGCCUGCCUUCGCUGGCGUGCGCCCUUUGCCCGCCGUCCCCAAAACCGUCCCUGUCGUUUGCGCACUCCCUGUUUCCGCUCCCAAGCCCGCGCUCAAGCCGGCGACCAAGCCAGCAGCUAGCACGACGACCGCGUACCUCUACAAGGGUGGCGUCACCCGCGUUAUGACCGGAGGGGUUAUGCUGGGCCCCCGCGCUCCGGCCAAGCCCCGGGCCACUCGUAUUCGCGCAUGA